AUGGCUGCCUUCGGCGACGUCGGCGCAGUUUGCUCCCUGGCGAGCUGCCGGCGGCAGGAUUUUCUUCCAACCGUUUGCUUUGCCUGCCAACGGCCCUUCUGCAAAGAUCACUAUCGGCAAGAAGAUCAUGAAUGCGAGGCCUUACAGGGGGCCCAGGAGCCUUCGGAGGUGCCUAGCCCUGUGAGACGAAGUCAGCAACGGUGUGCGGCGCCCGGCUGCCGAGAACUGCUCACAGUGCAAAAUCGCGUCCAGUGCCGAAUCUGCGGUCAGGCGGUUUGCAUCAAACACCGCUUCGAAGACCAGCAUCCCUGCAUGGACUUGGAGGCAGCAAUCAAGGAGGCACUUCGCCUAGCGCGGGCGGAGCUUCGGCCCGAGGAGUAUGCUGAAGCUCACAGCACCAUGGUCAAGGUCUUCAGCAACGUCCUCAAAGAUCCAAAGAACGAGAAGUUCCGAACUCUGCGGAAAGCCAACGCCGUCGUUCAGGAGAAGUUGAAGCACCCUGCCUGCACGCAAGCGCUGCUGAUGUGUGGCUUCGCGGACGAGGGCGACAGUUUCGUUUGCGAGGCUGCAGCAGACCUGUCCACCAUGCGGCGUGUCUGCGCGCAGCUCAAGGCCUCUCCUCCGCCGGCCUCAGGCCAGGGCCUUGGCGAACAAGGCGUCCGCAUAGUGGAUGGAGUGAUCCAGCGGCCGCCAAAGGCGGAAGCACAGGAAGCGACGGCUGCAUCACCAGCCAAAGGCUAUGCAGCGUCGAGGUCGACGCCCCAGUCGGCUGUCACAGGGGCCAAGCCUCGCUCGGCUUUUGAUUUUCAGCGCCGCGCAGACCGAGAGACGCGAGAGCAGGCUCAAUCGCAAGCUCUACAAGAACUUCGUCAGCAGCAGAAGGAGCGCUACAAAGCAGAAGGAGCAGGCACCGGGACCAGCAGAACGCCGACAGCUUCGGCUUCAGCGCCCCCCACAACCCCUGCCAGCGACAGCUGCGCACUGCAGUAG